GGAUCAGCUCAAACAGGGCAUUCGGAAAUUCAUCGAGCGCCUGCUGCAUGUGAUCACGACAAGAGCGAUCGGGGGAAGAAGUCGGAAUCAACGCGUUGCUUCGCUUUCCCGAGCCUCGACGAGCGUGCCCUUCCUGGAGUCCUGGCAUGGUGGUAGGCUGCUCACUGCUGAGCGCUCAGAGGAAUUGACUCAAGGGCUUGCGGUAGGGAGCCAAUCAUGGGCAAUACACGUCCGCACAGUACCUCCUACAGAUGGAACUGGCUUCUGCAGCACAGGCAGACACAGACUUUGCGACCAUGUCCAAUAACCUCCGAGAAGAUUCGAUAUCGGACUACGCGCCGCCGCAAGAAAGCCACAUGGCCGUAAAGUCAAAGCCCACACGAGUCAGGACCGUGGAGUCCACCCCACGUUGCCACCUCGCACUGUCACAGCAAGGCAGAGCAGAGCAAAUGCCCAUUCUGUGAUUAUGCAUGAGCAAUGACUCGACAUGUGUGCCGGCUUCAAUACGAAUAUCAAGAUUUAGAGGGCACCUUCGCUACCGACAGCGAGAGCAGUACCCCAACAAGAAACAUUACGGUACCUACCUAUCACGGCGUACUGUAACCA